AUGACAGCCUCCACACAAAGGACAGUGUUGUCGCUCUACAUGCGAGUGUUUCGCAUCGCACGAACCUGGCAAGCGCAAAGUGGAGUGGCGAGUGACACACUAACUGAGAGGAAGUAUAUACUUCAGGAGGCCCGAACAUUGUUCAGACAGAACCAACAGAUGACUGAUUCAGAAUCAAUAAAGAAAUGUAUUGAAGAAUGUGAAGCACGGAUAGAAAUUGGGCUACAUUACAGAAUCCCAUAUCCUAGGGCUACGUACCUGCCGCCACUUGGGCUGGCCACUCAGAAAGGGAGGAAGCUGCGAGCGCAGCAGCGCUUGAGGAAGCAGGCCAAGCCAAUUUAUUUGGAGUCACACGAGGAGACCUGA